AUGAGGGUAAAGCACACGAGAUCCGGGCUCCGAAUUCCAUUGCUGAACGCUAAUGACGCUUUCUUCUACGGCCCGAUCACCAUCGGCAACCCGCCUCAAACAUUUUUGAUGGACUUUGACACGGGCUCCGAUCUGACCUGGGUUUCCUGCAGAUGCAAGGCCAACUCUCCGCAAUGUUUGCGCAGGAAUCAGUUCUUCUGCGAGGGUUCCUACACUUGCCGGGAUACCUCGAAAUUCUAUGAAAUCGUCUACGGAUCGGGCUCGGUGGACGGCAACUGGAUGGCGGACAAAAUUUGUAUCGGUCCAAGCUUCUCCGGAUUCUGCACGGAUUCGUCGCAAAAAUUUCUUUGUGGCCGUAGUGUCAAUGGUGACUUGGCGGACUCUGACGGAACCGUUGGGUUGGCCUAUAAUUUCGGCACGCUCGGCGCGUCUCCCCUGAGGUUCAUUUUUGCCGAGCCCUACUGCAAGCAUAAGAUGUUUUCCAUCUGGAUGGGGAAAUCGAUGGAGCAUCGGGGUGGGGAGUUGACGAUCUGCGGGGCAAACCCUUCGCGGUAUACGGGACCAAUCUACUGGGUGCCGAUCCUGCGUGAUGAUCCAUUUUGGACAAUUCGAGUGCACCGCGUUGCAAUUGACGAGUUUACGAUUCGUAAAUUUAUCCCGGAUGAGGAGUGCGAUCCGGAUCGGUUGCCGAAUAUUGUUUUCACCCUCGGGCCCGGGCUGAACUUCAUCUUCAGGCCGAGGGACUACAAGGCAUUUUAUAACCCAACUCAAUGCUCGUGGCUCAUGUUCGGAACUCGUCAUGGCAACCGUUGGAGCUUCGGCACCUCCUUCAUCGAGCGCUUCUACACCAUCUUCGACUUCAAGCACGCCCGCCUUGGGUUUGCCGAAUCGAUU